CGCCCCGCGUGGCUCUCAGCCCGCGCCCUUGCGGCGGCCUGGCGCCCUCAUGCGCCGCAGGGGCGCGGGGGGCAUUGGCACGGCCGAGGGGCCGCCAUGCAGCGGCCGGCCUCCCAGGGCGCGCCCCGCCACCCGGCGCAGCGGCCCGCCCGGUGCGCUGCCCCGCCGCCCCGGUUGCCCGCAGCCGCUGGCGCGCAGGGCCAUGCCAGCAUCGGCGCGGCCCUGCGCCGCCCAGGCUCGACGCCGGCUGGCGCUGCCCGGCCAGCGAGGAGCGCGGGGGCACCGAAGCGCGGCGGGGCGGCGGCCCGGGCGCGCGGGAGGCAGAUGGACACCAACCCGGUGGAGUAUUGGGACGCCCAGGCCCGGGACUACGACGGGAACAUCUUCUCCACUAUCGACGAG